AUGAAGAUUUACGACGCCCUUCACCUUCUCUUGCCCACGGUCGUUCUCGCCGCUUCGAGCCCAUCAUGCACACCGCUCCAGAACUCAGCAAACUCCUCAGACACGUAUGAUUACAUUGUCACUGGCUCCGGUCCAGGGGGCGGUACAAUUGCUACCAAUCUCGCGCGUGCAGGUCAUUCGGUUCUCUUGAUAGAAGCAGGUUCCGAUGCUACUUUUGACAUUCGCACCCAAAUCCUUGCUCUCAACAACUUUGGAAAUCCAAACGUUGCAUGGCAUUUCUUUGUCAGACACAGCGAUGACGAGGAGAGGCUGAAGAGGUAUAAUCUGUUGGUUUGGAGACUACCAAACGGAGAGUACUGGGUUGGAAAAGACCCCAGUGUCGACGGAUAUGUCGGUGCCGAGAGACUGGGGGUCUUCUACCCCCGCGGUGCGACGCUUGGUGGAAGUGCUAUUAUCAAUGCAGCAGCGACGUACUUGCCUAGCGACAGUGACUGGGACAUCUUUGACCAAGGAACCGAAGAAAGGCUCUGGAGUGCCGAACUCAUGCGUGAGUACUUUGAGAAGAUUGAGCAUAACAACUACCUCAAACCAGGCACUCCAGGUCAUGGUUUCACUGGCUGGCUACAAACAAACAUAGCCGACCGUGCUACCCAGGUAGGUGCUUCGCUUCGCCUGAGUAUUUUCCAGGCGGCUUUGAAGCUCCUUGGUAAAGAUCCAGAGAAGGUGCUGGAUUAUCUCAUGAGCGACCCGAACUAUCUCGACCCAAACCGUGAUCGUACAGAGUCAUUGUGGUCUUUGCCUUUUCAUGUCAUAUCGAACUGGAAACGCUUUAGUCCGCGCGACUACAUUCUGCAGACGCGCAAUGAGACGAAUGCGAACGGCACACCCAAGUAUCCGCUCCACCUCCAGCUCGAGUCCCUGGUUACCAAGGUUCUUUUCGAUACCUGCAGUGGUAAAACUACCAAGCCGCGAGCAGUGGGUGUCGAGUAUCUUGAAGGCAAGUCUGUGUACAAGGCGGAUCCACGACUGAACGGUACCACCAAAACAGGCACCAAGAAGAUGGCUUUUGCUCUCAAAGAAGUCAUUGUCGCCGGCGGUACAUUCAACUCGCCCCAGAUUCUCCAGCUCUCUGGUAUCGGGCCAAAAGCCCUGCUUGAAAAGUACGACAUUCCAGUCGUCGCCGAUCUACCAGGUGUAGGCCGCAACCUCCAGGACAACUACGAGAUACCCAUGUACGGCAAUGCCAAAGUCAAUUUCACGACUCCGGUGGAUCCCAACGCGCCAGUGUGCACAUUCGGCGCACCUGGAGACCCAUGCAUUGAUCUUUGGCACAAGGGCGAGGGGCCCUACGCGCGUGGAGUUUCAAACUCCAAUUCCCUCCUGCUCAAAACGCCGCACGCAGUCGACGACGAGCGAGACAUGUUCCUUUUCGCCAACACUGGCGGUGCCUUUAACGGUUUCGCGCCUGCGACGAGUCAAAACAGGACCCGACUCCCGGCAUCGACCUUUUCCUGGUCCACGGUCAAGAUCCAUCCCCAGAACACGGCGGGAUACAUCCAGAUCCAAUCUGCAGACCCCAGAGACGUGCCAGACGUCAACUUCAACCAUUUCGUUACCGGCAAAGACACCGAUAUGGGCGCCAUCCUCGCGGCCCUAGCCUUUGUCCGCAAGACUUUCAACUCCACCGAGGGUCCCACCGACCCCGUGACUCCUGUGUCGCCGCCGUGCCCGCCCUCGGAUAUCCUCGACACGGGAUACUGCCGCGACAUGGACAUUGACCGCAACUGGAUUGAAGACCAAGCUUUUGGCCACCAUCCCACCAGCACCAACAAAGUCGGGCCCGACGCUGAUCCCAUGGCCGUCUUGGACUCCAGGCUCAGGGUCAGAGGCGUCCAGGGCCUGCGUGUCGUCGAUGCAAGUGCAUUUCCAAGAUGUCCCGGCGCGUUCCCGUCGGUUUCUACAUUCCUGCUGAGUGCGCGCGCGUCAGACCUGGUGCUGGAGGAUGCGGGGAAAUGGUAG